CUGUAAAAUGUCAUUCUGUUGAGGAUAUCUUGCUUACUUUUUUCACUGGUAAUCAAAACCCAGUUUGCAGUCUGUGGACGAUCUUUAGGUAGUGGUUGCCCUCUAGCGGUAAGAAUACAUCAAGGCAAAUAAUAGGUUAACUCUAUGACGCGCCAUAGUGAAAGGGGGCGCUAAAGGGCUGUGAGUGCUGGUCAUCAACAUUUCCUCGCGUUUUGUCAGACAGCAGGAAAAGCAAAGGACCACUCACAACAAACAUGGCUCACAGUCUGUUAUGUCGAGUUGGCCGUGUAGUUCAAGCAGGCAGGUGGCCAUAUGUCGCCACUCGAACUCUUUCCUCUGAAGCACAAGAAGAGCCGCUGACGCUGAGAGAACAACAUGACGGAAUCAGGAGAAUAAUUUUGAAUAACCCCAAGAAGAGAAAUGCCUUGUCCUUGGCCAUGCUUUCGUCACUGUGGGAGAACAUCGUGACUGGAGUUGACAGCGAUGACCUCCGGGUCAUUAUCAUAUCAGCCCGAGGGCCAGUGUUUUCUUCUGGGCAUGACCUGAAAGAGCUGACGUCGGCCCAAGGCAGAGAGCAUCACACCAAAGUGUUCCAGGCCUGUUCUGAGGUUAUGACUUUGGUCCAAGACAUUCCGGUGCCUGUCAUCGCCAUGGUGAACGGGGUUGCCACGGCUGCAGGGUGCCAGCUGGUGGCCAGUUGCGACAUUGCCGUGGCAACGGAGAUGUCGACCUUCGCCACGCCGGGGAUAAACGUGGGCCUGUUCUGCUCCACGCCAGGAGUGGCCAUCGGCAGGGCCGUGCCCAGGAAGGUUGCCAUGGAGAUGUUGUUCACAGGGCGGCCCAUCUCGGCCGAGGAUGCCUUGCGGCACGGCCUGGUGAGCCGCGUGGUGGCCGACGAGGCGUCCCUGGAGGAGGAGACGCUGGCAAUGGCGCGGCGCGUGUGCCAGUCCAGCCGGCCGGUGGUGGCGCUGGGCAAGGCGGCAUUCCAGCGGCAGAUGGCCCAGGGGCGAGACGCCGCCUACGCCACGGCCUCCGGCGUCAUGGUGGACAACCUGGCACUCAGGGACGGGCAGGAGGGCAUCAAGGCCUUCCUGGGCAAACGGAAGCCCACAUGGACACACAGCACAGAGAAGGCACAUGAGUGAGGGCAUUAGGAGGGAG